GUCGCACCUAAUGUCAAAGCCAUAGAUACAUACAUAUUUAUAUAAUAAGAGUGCAUGGAUUAGGGGGAGCUACUCCAGGCAAGAAGUUGUUGUUCUUAUCUUUAUUGUUGCCCGAAGAGCCUUUAGAGUACUAAUGAAAUACCUACUAUUAUUAUGAAUUGUUAAUUUAAGCUAAUAAAUUAUUGAAUUAAAACAACAAAUUAACAAAAUAUCCAUUCAAUAAAACACCCGAUUCAGGCAAUUUAUAUUAUUAUUUCAAGCACUGAAAAAAUUUACUCUAUACUAUACAUUUUUUUAAGGAAUUAUAUAACAGAAAUAUUUGAUAUUUGCCUAACAGUAUAUACUACGUAUAGCUGCUUUUUCUCUAAUACAUAUGCAUUUGUAUGAAUACUUGAUUCGGUGCAAUAUACCGAUAAAGCAUACUGAAAUAAAACGUCCUUAAUCCAAUUGUUUAGUUGCGCACAUGUGAUUAUUUCCAGACACAAUAUGUUCUCAUCCACAAUUUAACCAAACAUCAUCAAUUUCAUCACUUGUCAAAGGGUUCACCAUAAAUGGAAUAUUUUGUACCUUUAAAUGGGUUCAUCAGAGCCUAAUAUAUAUGUAUGUAUAUAUAUAUAUAUAUGUAAAUACAAUAAACAUGCAUACGAGCAAAUGUGUGUGUGUAGAAACUCAUACGCUUCAUACUCAUCGUCAGCACACACGUACCUUGGUACAUACAUAUGAUAGCCGCUAUCACAACAGUUUCGCAUACAUUUAUGGACAUAUACCCAAUACUUGGUAGCUUGUUGGGCGUUGAUACGAAUGUCACUGCGUCUGGCGCUGCGUUCCCGGGCACAUCAGCUGCUGGUGGUCGUAUCGCCUCCACUUCGGGCAGGAACGAACCGCCGAAUGAUUUGUAUUCGUAUCUGAAUAAUAAUAGCAGCGGAGCAGCAGCUUUGCUUCAGCGCGAAAGCUUCAUGCAGUGCAGGCACUGCAACCGUUAUUAUAAAUCUCAUCAAAAACUGCAAGAGCACGUACGCAAAUAUUGUCUCAAAGAGAAAAAGUACAAGUGCAUAUCAUGCGAGUACCGAUCGCGUCGGAAGGAUCAUGUUCUGCGUCAUGCCAAACGCAAGCACUGCGAGCUGUACGAGGCAUCACGCGACAACGAAGAAAGCCUUUAUGAGAUACGCAAUGAGGAGGAAGGGGACGAACAGUCUAGAUAUGACGAUCAUAUGGUCGACUAUGAUGGUAUAUAUAGUGGUGAUGCUGACGGUGAUGUCGAGGGUGAUGAUGUUAAUGCCAACCCCGUUAGUACAUUGGUUGAUGUUGGGCACUUUAAUUUCGGCCUAAGGAGUAGGGAUCUAACAAUUACAGCUGUACCUAUACUACAUGACAGUGAAGAUGAUGACGAUGAUAACUACGAUGACGAUGACGAAUAAAAUCGUCAGAAUAUAUGGGCAAUAUACUUAAAUAUUAUGAAAGUGGAA